AUGUACCGGACGGGUAAGAGCUACCUCCUCAACAGGCUCGUCAGAGGUCCUGGUGGCUCCACUACUGUUAAUGAGGACCCACAGAAGGAGAAUAAGCUUCUGAACAAGUUGUUGAAACUGGGCAGGAAGAAGAAUGAUGCCGUGAAUCGACCUACUCCGGUUGUCUUCGAGACGGGCAACGAAGUGAAUGCCUGCACCCAAGGCAUAUGGAUGUACAUCUGCGAGGAGGAGCUCAAUGACAAGGUCGUCAUCUUCCUUGACUGUGAGGGUUUGGGCUCUACUGGUCGAGACAAGGCUUAUGACACUAAGCUCAUGGCCAUGGCCCUCCUUAUGAGCAGCGUAUUUAUAUAUAACUCUAAGGGUUGCCUGGACGAGGCGGCGUUCAACGGUCUAUCGCUUGUAUGCGAGCACGCUACGCAGCUCAUUAGGGAGUUCCAUACUGAGUUCGGUGGAGCGGCACCGGAGGGCGUCUUGUCUGCGUCCUUCCUGUGGAUCCUGAGAGACUUCGUAUUGGCAUUAGAGAACGAGA